AUGACUAAGCUUGUUGCUACAGAAAGGGACCUCAUUCAGUCCUUCAAAGAUUACGUCACAGUAGAAGAGGCCCAUGUAGCACAUUUAAAGAGUUGUCUUCAGCUUGUUGAAAGCUUUCCCAGAGAUUUUCCAGAAGACCUUGAGAAAUAUAUCAGUAAUCCUUUGACAGCCUACAAGUUAGUGAGAAGACUGAAGAGUGAGUGGAUGAUGGUGGAAAAAGUAACCAAACUGAGUCCCGCACCGGAGUUUUUGGAUAGUUUAUCAGUAAAAUUCCAGCAGAUCCCCAGUGACGAGGAUCUGGAUGGAGUCGCACUGGGCCUGGUGAGAUUACAGGAAACCUACAGACUGCAGCCAAAGAACAUACUUGAAGGAGGACUCAUGGAACUGGGGACCAUGGAGACUUUAAGUCCUGACGAAGCCUUCCACGUUGCAACAGUUGCUCAUAAAAACCUGAAGUUCCACUACGCCUUCUUGUGGGUGCAGGAAGCUCUUAAACAGCUGGAAGAAGGCAGCGUGGCCAGGGUCACCAAGAAGGAGGUCAUCAACUUCCUGGCCCCGUUCAGCUUUCAGAUGGGUGACCUGGCACAAGCCAUAGAUCUCACAGAGCAGUUGCUGAAACUGGAUCCCAACGAUUUCAAUGCAGCGAACCAUUUGAAAUUCUAUAAACACAUGAAAGAGAGCAUUCAGAGGAACAGGACUGAAACGCCUGAUUCAGGUGCACAUAUUUAUGUGCCAAGCUUUCCGACAGAACAACAGUCAUACGAGGCCCUCUGCAGGGGAGAAGGCAUAAAAAUGACCCCCAGAAGGCAGAGGGCGCUGUUCUGCAGGUACAGCACUGGUGGUGGGAACCCUCGUCUGAUCUAUGCCCCAAUCAAAGAAGAAGAUGAAUGGGACCAACCACAAAUCACCAGAUAUCAUAACUUCAUAUCUGACAAAGAAAUUGACGCCAUAAAACGACUUUCCAGGCCAAAGCUUGCAAGAGCAAAGGUUUUAGACCACAUAACUGGGAGGAACUUUUCUGCUGAGAUUCGUGUUUCUAAAAGCACAUGGCUGACUGAAGAUGAAGACCCUGUUGUUUCCCAUGUGAAUAAAAGGAUAGCUGAUGUCACUGGUUUGGAUAUGCAGAUGGCAGAGGAACUGCAGGUUGCGAACUAUGGCAUUGGAGGGCAAUAUGAACCACAUUAUGACUCAAAGCUGGCUAACAACUCCGAGUUAGAGGCAGUUGGGGGUAGGAUCGCAACCACCUUGAUCUAUAUGUCUGAUGUUAACAUGGGAGGAGCCACUGUGUUUCCUACCAUUGGAGCUGCCCUACAACCCAAGAAGGGUUCUGCGGUGGUUUGGUACAACCUUUUGCAAAAUGGACAGGAAGAUCAGAGAACCCUACAUGCAGCAUGCCCUGUGCUUGUGGGCAACAAAUGGGUCUCCAACAAGUGGAUCCGGGCACGGGGCCAGGAGUUUAGGAGAAGGUGUGCUUUAUCAGAGUCUGAAUGA